AGUCGAUUUGAGACGGACCCACUGGCGAUGCUUUAACCCAACCCCUUCCUUUUCUAACGCAGUUUUAGGCCAGCACUUUUGGUUAUGUUAACCCACUGUAAUCUGUUUAAAAACACCUUAUACCCACUUCCACAAGAGCUACAGCAAUUCUGCGGUGUUUGUAAGCUGGCGUCCUUACCAGCAAUAUGGGCUCUGAAGAUCUGGACGAAACCGUGGAGAAGAUCCUGAACGGAGAAGGACUGGAGGUCACAGGUUUCGAUUCGGUGCCCGAGCAGCUGAGGCCCGUCGCCCUGAGGAAGACUGUGUGCUACAUAGUGAGCGCGGUCAUCUUUAAUGCGAAGGAGGAGGUGCUGAUGGUGCAGGAGGCGAAGAGGGAGUGCUACGGACACUGGUACCUCCCCGCAGGCCGUAUGGAGCUGGGGGAGAGUAUUCAGGAGGCUGUGCAGAGGGAGGUCAGAGAAGAGGCCGGAGUGGACUGUGAGCUGGUCACUUUGCUGCUGGUGCAGGAACAGGGGCCGCGGUGGAUCCGCUUCACCUUCCUCGCUGAGGUUACAGGUGGGAAUCUGAAGACGACAGCUGAGGCUGACUCGGAGUCCCUGCAGGCUCAGUGGUGGGAUCGAGAGACUCCUCUUCCUCUCCGUUGCCAGGACAUCUUGACCCUUAUCGAUGCCGGCCUCAAAUAUCGCCGGAAGCCGUGGUUCCCCGUGUGCCAGCCCGUUGACCUGCCCUGCGAAGUGGUCUGUCAGAGACUGCUGCUGGCCUUCACUAACCCUAAAAACAGUGACGAGGAGCGUCUGUGGCUGUUGCUAGGCGACCACACUGUUGACGCUGAUGCGGAGAUGCUGCCUCGCCUUCCUGUGGCGGCGGUGACGCACACGGUCACGUGGGCAGGACAGCGUCUGGUCAAGAAGUGCAUGGCCUCGUCCUAUUCCGCUCUAAACGUGAAGGUCUGCGGGAUCCUGGGCGUGCAGCAUAACGGGAGAGUUCACGGCAAAACGGACGGGCUCUGUUUCAACACACUAGUGACGCUGGAGUAUUUAGACGAGGGUCUGGUAGAUCUUCACAGCCCCCCGCCUUUGGAGAGUGAGGGUUACAGAUGGCAAGAAGUGACCAAUCAGAGCCUUAAGAUGAACAUAUUGCAGAGGAUAAAAGAUGCAUCACUUCUGCCUCUGCACAGCCUCUACUGAUUGGCCGUAAUUAGGUCUUAAAGGACUGUACUAAAGGACCGGUGACUGGAUGAUUACAUUUGAAUCCAGCUUUUAAGUCGAAAUGCUCUUUGAAUGGUUUUAUAAAUGACUGUUGCAGAGCAGCAUGCUACCUCUGAAGCGACCCGUGUACUUUAGACUCAGUUUUACAAAAGCUAUUCAUCAAACUUAAUACUUGACUUGAGAAGAACUAUGGAGUUUAUACUGAAUAUACUGCACUUAUAAGGCACUAAAUGAAUUCAAAGGGAUCAGCAAUAUUAAUUUAGCCACUACUGAGCAAAACGCUUCAUGUGUUCAUGGUAGAAAACAUCUAAAUGUUCAAGAAUGAGUAGUAUUUUUUGCUUUACUGCACGAUAGCAGAUUCUGAUUGAAUGCAUUCUUGAAUGCUUGGUUUUACAGAGAGAGGUGCCGUAUAGAAAGCAUCACCUACUGUACUGAUUUAUAAUAAACUAGUUUACUUUC